AAUGAUUUAUUAAUAAUGCUAUAGUUAUCGUGGUCACGCGCCAACACUUUCCCCUUUAUUUCUCGUCAUAUUUUCUUCACACCAAAUAAAACUGUUAUUGCAAUUUGAAUCCCUUUCAUUUUCAUUUUCAUUUUCUUACACACACUUCUUUCUCUCUUUCAAUCUCUCUAUCUUCAAAUUACCAUAGCAACCAAAACCUGAAAGCUUUUCUCCAUCACCGGAAUUUUUCUUUUCUUCCUUAUCCAGAUCCCUCUUUUUUGCUUAUUCCUACUACAGGUUUAGAUCUGCUGGUUCGGUUCCAUGAGUCGCUACGAUUCUAACCCUUUUGAAGAAGAAGAGGUUAAUCCCUUCGCGGACCAUGGAGGUAGAGGGAAAGGAUCGGGGCAAUCGAAUUAUGGCGGGGGUGCUUUUUACAUGACAAAUCCUGGAAGUGUUCCCCCAGCAACCUCAAGGCUUUCACCCCUACCUCCUGAACCUUAUGAUCGUGGUGCAACUAUUGAUAUUCCUCUUGACAAUGCGAAGGAUAUAAAAGCAAAGGAGAAAGAACUCCAAGCUAAAGAAGCUGAAUUAAGAAAGAGAGAACAGGAACUGAAAAGGAAGGAAGAUGCUAUUCAACGAGCUGGUAUUGUUAUAGAGGAGAAAAAUUGGCCACCGUUUUUUCCUAUUUUCCAUCAUGACAUUGCAAAUGAAAUACCAAUUCAUCUCCAGAGGAUCCAAUAUGUUGCAUUUACAACGUUUUUGGGUUUGAUUGUGUGUCUUUUGUGGAAUAUCGUUGCUGUUACCACAGCCUGGAUCAAAGGAGAAGGUCCGACAAUAUGGUUUCUGGCUAUCAUAUACUUCAUUUCAGGGGUUCCCGGAGCAUAUGUUUUGUGGUAUCGCCCCCUUUAUCGUGCAAUGAGGACUGACAGUGCUUUGAAGUUUAGCUGGUUUUUCCUGUUCUAUUUGCUCCAUAUUGGCUUUUGCAUCUUUGCUGCAGUUGCUCCUCCUAUUAUUUUUAAGGGGAAAUCUCUGACAGGUAUUCUGCCUGCAAUAGACGUGUUAGGUGAUCAUGCUUUGGUUGGAAUUUUCUACUUCAUUGGAUUUGGACUGUUCUGUCUUGAAUCACUGCUUAACAUCUGGGUUAUUCAGCAAGUAUACAUGUACUUCCGAGGCAGUGGUAAGGCUGCGGAGAUGAAACGUGAGGCUGCUAGAUCAACUAUGAUGGCAGCACUAUAAUAAGGAAGCCUUCAUUUUGGAGAAGAUACUUAGGAGCAGGGCGAUUUUCCAACAUCCAAUUUCUUCAUUUUGCCAUUCCUUCAUUCGGUUUGUUUCGCAGCUUGUUUUCUAGCUAUACUUGAUGUGUUUUAUUAUGUUGAUUAGAGAGGCAUGUUCAAGGACCAGAUGAUUGAGAUGAGAUACUUGUUACAAACUUAGCUGUGCAGUCAGAGAUAGUUGCAUCUUUGAGUCCCAUCUUGGAAGUAUUGUUUUUUGUUUUACAUUUGUUUUUUUAUAUAUAAAAGUGAUUGUUUCUCCCUCC